AUGCCGGCUGAGAGGCGCUCUCUGAGAUCGAAUAGCAAGUCGGAUACCUCUUCAUCUGCUAACAGUGAGAAGGGUCGCUCUACUUCACAGAAUACCAGCUCCAACAAGGACAAACCGGCGCCUACUCGCGCCGCUGCCAACAAGGCCAAAUCUACCGCUACCUCGAAAGCCGCGUCAUCGAACAGCACGACAAAUUCCGGAAUGGGUGAACAACGGGACCAGCCGCGGACCAACGGCUCCGACCCGACGGAGAAGGGUGUGAAUGGCUCGGAAGAUAUUGAGAUGGGAGAGGAUACGGCAGGUGGGCCUACAUCCUCAUUCACCGCCAGUAAGGACCGGAAAGGUGACAAGAAGAUGACUGUUGUAGUGCCCCCGACCAAGGGUUCGAGGUUAUCCGGCGAGAAAGUUCCGGACCAAGAAGGCGACGUCGCUAUGGAGAGUGUGGACACCGAGGAGUCCAAGUCGGAGGUCGAUCCCAAGGUCAAGGCCAUCCAAGACAUCAAGUCCAACUUCACGUUGCUUGAACGAGCUGUCAGCCAUUUCGACCCCAGAUUCACUCUCCGCGUCUUGCGUUCGAUAUCGUCCAUGCGCAAACAUAUCACCCCCGAUGUGUUGACUGAAGUUAUCGUUGAGACCUACCCGCCUUCCAGUCUGACUGCUUCUUUUCUGCUGGGCGCCAUCGACCAAUCUAGCGCUUUCGAAAGCGCUGUGGCCAGCUCGAAGAUGGAAGUCGAAUCGGAGAAGACUAAGUCAACCUCCAAGGAGAUCUUGCCCGAGAUCGACACUUAUCUCUCCAUUCUUGUUCAAAUCUACCUGUACGACAAGAAGGAAAUUCAGAAGGGUGCCAAGUUCUCCACGGACCUGAUUGAGCAGCUGCGGACGCUCAACCGCCGCACCCUUGACUCUCUGGCGGCGCGCGUCUACUUCUACUACUCUCUUUUCUACGAACAGAUUGCCCCCUUCCCCCCGUCUCCCGCUGCAUCUGUCACCGCGAUCCGCCAGCCCUUGCUCAAUGCGCUGCGGACGGCCGUCCUGCGUAAAGAUGUGGACACCCAGGCUACUGUGAUGACCUUGCUCCUACGCAACUACCUGUCAACAUCCCACAUCUCGCAGGCGGAUCUGUUGAUCUCGCACAACCGGUUCCCCGCGUCCGCCUCGAACAACCAGAUUGCCCGCUACCUGUUCUAUUUGGGUCGGAUCCGGGCCAUCCAGUUGCAGUACACGGAGGCCCACGGACAUCUGGUUGGUGCUACUCGAAAGUCUCCAACCAGCCACAGUGCGCGCGGCUUCUACCAGGCAUCCCACAAGCUCCUCGUCGUUGUCGAGCUGCUCAUGGGCGACAUCCCUGACCGGGCAAUUUUCCGCCAGCCUGCGCUGGAGCGUGCCCUGCAUCCCUACUUCCUACUGGUGCAAGCCGUGAGCGUGGGUGAUCUGGACGGAUUCCUGAACAUCGUAAAUACGCACACAGCGACCUUCCGUAAGGAUGGCACAUACACCCUCAUCUUGCGUCUGAGGCAGAACGUGAUCAAGACAGGCAUUCGCAUGAUGUCUCUCUCUUACUCUCGCAUCUCCCUCCGCGACAUCUGCCUUCGCCUUGGCUUGGACAGUGAGGAGUCGGCUGAGUACAUCGUGGCCAAAGCCAUUCGCGAUGGAGUGAUUGAAGCCAGCCUGGAUCACGAACGUGGCUUUAUGAAGAGCAAGGAAGUUGGUGACAUCUAUGCCACCCGGGAGCCAGGGGAAGUCUUCCACGAGCGUAUUCGAGCAUGCUUGAGUCUCCACGAUGAGAGUAUUAAGGCCAUGCGAUUCCCCAUGAACCAGCACCGUCUGGAGUUGAAGAGUGCACAGGAAGCACGGGAACGGGAGCGCGAGUUGGCCAAGGAGAUUCAAGAGGGAGACAUGGAUGAUGAGGAUGCCGGCGCUCGCGCAGUUCCAGCCUCUGGGCUAGUACUCUCGUCUCGUAUCACCACGCCGUCGACAACGUCGACAAUUUGUUGGCAAUGCCUUCGAAAUGAUCUCCUCCUUCGUCAAACGCAAGUUCAAACGCGCAAAUACCAUCCCACCCGCCGGAAAGAUGUGUCUCCGUUUGGAGCAGCCGUGUCGGCGGCCCAGACUUUGUUCAAAGGUCUCCCGAAGGCGCCGCCGGGCAUCUCGGUCGACCCAUUGCGCAUGGUCGGCAAAGAGCUCAAGUUUCUGACGAAGAACCUUCGCCAGUUGCUCGGAUCCGGUCAUCCAACGCUGGACAAGGUGGCUAAGUACUACACGCGCAGUGAGGGCAAACACAUGCGGCCACUGCUUGUUCUGCUCAUGUCGCAGGCGACGGCGCUUUGCCCGCGGAAACCCCAGACAGUGGACUACAACGCGACGGUGAACGAUCCGAUUACCUCGUCAUCCAUUCUGGUUGACAACAACCCGGACCUCCCUUCUUCGCUCUCCUCGGCGGCCUCUAGCAGCAACCCCGAUGCGGCCUACGACUUCGCGGGCGAUGAGAACAUCCUCCCCACCCAGCGCCGAUUGGCGGAGAUCACCGAGCUGAUCCACACCGCGUCUCUCCUGCACGACGAUGUCAUCGACAAUGCCGUGUCACGCCGCUCGUUCACUUCGGCCAAUCUGCAGUUCGGGAAUAAGAUGGCUGUGCUGGCGGGUGACUUCAUGCUUGGUCGGGCCUCCGUGGCCCUGGCCCGGCUGCGGGAUCCCGAGGUUAUUGAAUUGAUGUCGACUGUGAUCACCAACCUGGUUGAGGGCGAGUUCAUGCAGUUGAAGAACACGGCCGCGGACGAGAAGAAGCCCAUCUUCACGGACGAGACUCUGUCCUACUACUUGCAAAAGACGUACCUCAAGACCGGCAGUCUGAUCAGCAAGUCCUGCCGGUCGACCGCGGUCCUGGGAAACAGCGUCCCUGAGGUUGUCGAAUCGGCUUACCAGUACGGUCGCAAUCUGGGACUGGCGUUCCAGCUGGUCGACGAUAUGUUGGAUUACACGGUUACCGAGGCUGAGCUGGGCAAGCCCGCCGGUGCGGAUUUGGAGUUGGGUCUGGCGACGGCUCCGCUGCUUUAUGCUUGGAAGCAGUUUCCCGAAUUGGGCCCGUUGGUUGGCCGUAAAUUCAGCCAGGCCGGUGAUGUUCAGACGGCCCGCGAACUCGUCCACAGAGCGGGUGGUGUCGAACAAACCCGUGUUCUUGCUCAGGAAUACAUUGACAAGGCUGUCGCCGCGCUCGCCGACUUCCCCGACAGCGAUGCCAAGGCCGGCCUGGUCCAAAUGUGCGAGAAGACCAUGAACCGUCGGAAAUAG